GAGCCCAUCCCACUCGCCCCCUCACAGCUGCUGUACCAAGCAGUGGGCUUGUCAUGUGUACGGAGUAACCAACAACGGCGUAAACUUUUCAUUUGGAAGGUCGAUCGCAUUUCAUUUGACAGCCAAACACAAAUCGAUACCAUGCUUAGACGAAUACUUCAAAUGACUCCUGGGAAAGGAGGCUCUCAGAACUCUGAGUCAGACCAGCCCAGUGCAGACCUCAACAAUGACCAGACCUCUGAGGGGUUCAUCUGUCCCCAGUGCAUGAAGUCCCACAACUCAGCAGAGGAGCUAUUCAAGCACUAUGAGCUGUACCACGAUUCAGGAGACCAGCCCUCACACACGGGCCCUGGCCGUGAAGACCUUGUGCUUCUCCGGCAAGAGUUGCAAGAACUGCAGACUUCGCUCAAGGAGGAGAAAUGGUUCUCUGCGGAGUUGAAGAAGGAACUAGACAAAGUGCAAGGACACCUGAAGCAAGGUCCACAGAAUGAUGGCCAGACAGGAUUAGAGGAUUCUGCCUUGGCGAUUAAGCUGAACGAGGCAGAGACAGAAACGUUCAACAUCAAGCAGAUGAAAGACCUGUUUGAGCAGAAGGCUGCCCAGCUGGCCACAGAUAUUGUGGAUGUCAAGUCUCGUUAUGAUGAGGAGAAGAGCCUGAGAGAGGCUGCAGACCAGAGGCUGGCGAACCUGAGCCAGGAACUGCAGAGAGAGAGGCAAGACAAGGACCGGCUCCACACUGAACUGCUGCAGCGGCCAGGAGUGGAGGACGUGGAGGUACUGCAAAAGGAGCUGAUUCAGGUGCAGACGUUGAUGGACAGGAUGACACGCGAGAGGGAGGAGGAGUCAGAACACCUCAAGAGCAAAUAUGAGCAGCUGCAGGCUGACCACACCAGCUCAGAGAUCCGGAAACUGGAGAAGACCAUCUCCCAGCUGAAGGCAGAGCUAGAGAAGGGACCUCAGGAGGCAGCCGUGUACACCCAGCAGAUUCACCAACUCCAGAGCUCUCUGAACAACCUGCAGCAACAGAGCCAGCUGCUUUCAGAGAAGCUGCUGCGCAGGGAGAAGGAGUUUCAGGAGCUGGAGGAAGGCCUGAGGGCCGAGCAGGUCUCCAAGAAGACAGCCCAGGCCAGCCUGCACCAGAGGGAGCUGGAGGUGCAAGAGCUCCAGGCCCGGGCAGUGGGUGCCGAGGCCAGCCUGCAGAGAGCCCAGGCAGAGCUGGGGGAGCGGGGGGAGGAAGCCGAGAGGCUCCGAAGGGAGGUGGCUGAGCUGGAGGCCAAGCACAGGGUUGUGAAGACUGAGAGGAAGCAGCUGCAGCAGCAGAGGGAGGAGAGGGAGAGCCAGGGCCUGGCGCAGCAGAGUGAGAUCUGCCAGCUGCAUGCUAAGCUGCUGGAGGCGGAGCGGCAGCUGGGGGAGGUGCAUGGCCGUCUGAAGGAGCAGAGGCAGCUCUCUGGGGAGAAACUGAAGGACCGCGAGCAACAAGCCGCCGACCUGCAGAUCAAACUGUCCCGCUCAGAGGAACAGUUGAAGGAGAACAGCAGUAAGACAUUGGACCUGCAGCACCAGCUGGAGAAAGCUAAGCAGCAACACCAGGAGCUCCAGGGCCUGCAGCAGAACACUAACACCAAGCUGCGAGAGGCACAGAAUGACCUGGAGCAGGUGCUGCGUCAGAUCGGGGACAAGGACCAGACGAUCCAGAACCUGGAGGCCCUGCUGCAGAAGACCAAGGACAGCGUGAGUCAGCUGGAGGCUGAGAGGGAAGACCUGGUGGCCAAGAUCCAGGCCGGGGAGGGAGAGACUGCCGUGCUCAACCAGCUUCAGGAGAAGAACCACACACUACAGACGCAGGUCACACACCUGACAGACAAACUGAAGAACCAAUCGGAGAGCCACAAGCAGGCCCAGGACAACCUCCACAAGCAGGUGCAGGAGCAGAAGACCCUCCUGCGGGCGACACAGGACCAAGCCCAGGCUGUGGAGACCUCUAUAAAGGAAGUGAACACCCAGCUGACCGAGAGCAGGGAGAAGGUGGCCCAACUGGACACACAGUUGAAGGCUAAGACCGAGAUGCUGCUGUCGGCCGAGGCAGCCAAGGCAACCCAGAGAGUAGACCUGGAGAACCACCUGGAGACAGCCCAGCAUGCACUGCAGGACACGCAGCAGGAGCUGAGUAAGAGCCAGGCGUGUGUGGAGGAGCAGGGCCGGGGGCUGCAGGCGAGACAGGAGCAGUGUGGCCAGCUGGAGGCCAGUCUGAAGGAGGUCAAAGACAAACUACUGAUCUCAGAACAGCGUGUAGAGCAGCUGGAGGUGCGGGCCAAGAAAGCGGAGGCGGAGGGGGGGGAGCUGCGUGCUGCCAGGGAGCAGGCCCAGCAGGAAGUGCAGAAGCUCCAGAAGCAGGGGUCAGAGGUCAAGGGAAAGCUGAAGGAGCUGGGUUGCCUAUUGGAGACUGAGAAGGCUGGGACUGCUGCUUUACAGGUGGAGCUGAAGAGAAAAACCUCCUCCCUGAGUGACAUGCGACAGCAGCUGGAGCAAUGUGAGCAGGAGAAGACCUCCCUCCAGGCCAACUUGGACAAGCUAGCCCAGGAGGGGCAGGCGCAGCAGGCAGAGCUGGACAGGAAAGCCCAGGGCUUGGCCAGAGAGCUCCAGACGGCCCAGCAGGAGAAGGAGGCCCAGGGGAAAGAGCUGGCGGCGGUCAAGGAUGGCCUGGCUAAGGCCUACAAAGCCAUGAAGGACAGCCAGAGCCAGCUGGACAAGGAGAGGAAGAGCAGCAAGGCAGUUCUGGAGGAAAAGGAGAAGUCCCAUGAGAAGGCCAGACAGGAGCUGCUGAAGGCCACAGAGGCCACCACCAAGGAGAUGGCAGAGGUCAAAGGGCAGCUGGACAAGAUCAGAGAGGCAGAAAAAGGGCUGAAUAUGCAGCUGACUGCAUUAACAGAGCAACACACCAAGACCCAGGAGGCCCUGAAAGAGAAGGAGAAGGGGGUGCAGCAGCUACAGGCACAGCUGACGACAGCCCAGGGGUCCUUCAGCCAGGAAAAGAAGAAGCUGGAAAGCCAAGUGACCAAGCUGCAAGGAUCACAUGCCAAGAAGGCUGAGGAGGAGGGUCGUCUGAGGGAACAGGUGUCAGCCCUCGGCCAGGAUUUGAGCUCUGAGAGGGCCAGAACCACUGAGCUGCAGGAGGUUCUAGAGCAGAGUCAGCAAGGCCUGGCCAAGCUGCAGUCUGAGUACUACGGCAAGGAGUCAGAGUUGUCAUCUCUCAGACAGGACCUCAAGGCUUCUGAGGAGAGGCUGACCCUGUCCCAGGAGGAGUUAUCUGCUAACCGGGUCCAGCUGACUGGUCUGGAGGGGCAGGUGCAGGAGGUAAAGGCUGCCAGGGCCUCCCUGGAGCAGGAGCUGGCUAAACGGGACCAGAAGCUUGGCCAGCAGGAGACAGCCCUCAAAGACUUGCAGAAACAACAGGGUGUGACCCAGGAGGAGCUGCAGAAAGAGAGGAGCAGAGCAGAGGAGUUGAGCCAGACAAAGGCUGCCCUGGAGAAGGACACAACCAGACUGGGCUCUGAGCUGAAGGCACUCAGGGAGAGGAGUGACAAGGAGUUGAGGGAGCUGCGGGAAGCCAAGCAACUGUUGAUCCAGCAGAAGCUGGAGACGCAGUGCCGGGUGGAAGAGGUGCAGGCAGCCCUGGAGCAGGAGGAGACCCUGCACCAGGCCACCAGAGACCGUGUUACCCAGAGAGAGGAGAAGCUACGGGCAGAGACCCAGGAGAUCCAGGCCCAGCUGGCGUCAGAGCGUAAUGCUCGGGAGGGGCAGGCGAAGCGGGGAGAGGAGGCGGAGGCGCGGCUGGGCCUGCAGGUGACGGCGCUCAACGAGAACGUGGCCACGCUGAAGAGGGAGUGGCAGGGGAGCCAGCGGCACUGCGGCGAGCUGGAGAAGCAGACGGACGAACUGCGGGGCGAGAUCGCCGUGUUGGAGGCCACCGUGCAGAACAACCAGGAAGAGAGGCGUGCGCUGCUGGAGAGGUGUGUGAAGGGUGAGGGGGAGAUGGAGAAACUGCAGGCCAAAGUAGUGGAGAUGAGGAGGAAACUGGAUGAUACGACAGCCGCCAUGCAAGAGCUGGGCAGAGAAAACCAGUCACUACAGAUAAAGCAGUCACAGUCUCUGACCAGGAAGUGGGCAGAGGACCACGAGGUACAGAACUGCAUGGACUGUGGGAAAGGCUUCUCUCUCGCCAUUAGGAAGCACCACUGCAGACACUGUGGCAACAUCUUCUGUGCAGAGUGCUCCGCCAAGAACGCCCUCAUACCCUCCUCCAAGAAGCCUGUGCGGGUUUGUGAAACAUGCUUCGAAGAUCUCCAGGCCUGACACCCCUCUCCCCCCUCCCCCCCAGUAGCCCAGCAACGGCAUGUCUCAUGAUGUCCAUUUUCUAUGUGCAUUCAUCUGGACUGAGGAACCAACACCAGUCUCUCUAUGAACCCCCAUUGGACCAUGCGAAGCAAACAGACCUACUGAGCUUUGGAGAGGAGUAACCUGGUGAUGGGAUGGGAGUGCAGAAGAAGUGGCCAGUCACUAUAGGGACCGCUGGUCUUAACAAGAGGUUUAGCAGGGGUCUCGACGUCACACAAGAAGAUGGGAACAUAAUGGAAGAAGCACUGCAGACAUUCCUGAGCUAUAUGAUGGAAUAGGCCACAUCUGUAUAGUGCCUUUGCCGCUCCUGACCUGAAGUCGGUCAGAGUAUGGUAACAGGGAGAGCUCAACAGCAACCAUCCAUUACUCCACACAUCUAGCUCGAACGGCAGCCAUCUUGGUUUGGCAUUGUUAUCAUCUUUAGCAUUAACAAGACAGUUGACUGUAAGUUGGGUCUUGAAGGGUUGUGAAGGCAGGGGUUAUACCGACUAACGGGUUACGUUAACGAAAGGAUAUAGUUACCUUGAAAGGUGGAAAGCAGUGGUUCUGUUUGUUUUAGAAGUAUUUUGUUCACGACCAAAGAAUGUCUAACUGGAGGAGUCCAACAGUCCUGAGAGAUGGCAUGAUAUGAAGCUAAAUGGAAAGCCUGGAUUUUUCAUACCUUUAUUUAUUUCAAUUACUUUUUAAAUCUAUCUGAAAGCUUUGGAUUUCUGACUCAUAAGGUCAUACAUUUUAUCAAGAAUUCAGACAUCCUUGAUAUACAUCAGAUUUUUUUUUUCAAUGCUGCUCAUCUUUCUACAAAACUGAAUUACUUUUUUUUGUUUUUCACUGUCCACGUGGUUGGUUGCAUGUGCUUUUUCUGUCGCCUGUAUCCCAUUCAACAUCAUGACUACUGCAGGCAAUAACUGUCCACGUGUAUCUUGUGUGUAUAUGUGGUGCUUUAGGAAUGAAUGUGUAUCAGUAUGUGUAGGGCUGCAGUGUUGUCAGUCUGCAUGGUGACUGUUUAAACCUUCUCUUUAAGACACUUUUGUACAUGUCAAUGUUGAUUUACACUAAUUGCUAACUCUUUACGAUCUGUCAAACAGAACUGAUAACACUUAAAAAAUCUAGUCCUCAUUCAAGUAUUUUUAAUGGGGGAUUCUCAUGAAACUAGUUUUAAACAUCUGUAGCAAAUUGAGUUGCAAAAAUCAACUAUAAUUCUGGAGACAAAGUCCAGUUUUUGGCAGUGUUAUUUUAAAUAAAGUUGACAUUUUCACCCCAAAUUCUCAUUACCGAAAUGCAUCUGUAUUGAAUUCUGAGGUCAUUUUAUACUAGUUCAAGUGGACAUGUAUCAUUAUCGUAACACUUUCAAGUUUCUGUAAAUAAACUUUAUUCACUCAUGAUGCAUCAUCUAGACCAGGGUUUCCCAAACUCGGUCCUGGGGCCCCCCCUGGGUGCACGUUUUGGUUUUUGUCCUAGCACUACACAGCUGAUUUAAAAUAAUCAAAGCUUGAUGAUGAGUUGGCUAUUUGAAUCAGUUGUGUAGCGCUCGGGCAAAAACCAAAACGUGCUCCCAGGACCGAGUUUAGGAAACCCUGAUCUAAGGGUUUAACUUUAACUGAGCACAAGUUAAUGUAUCCGCUUAUAUGCCUUCAGAAUUAGGUUCUUAUUCUCAAACAACCCCUUUACCCCACUUGGUCUUCUCAUUACUGAUAUGGCUAAAAAGCUCAAAUUGGGAAAAAUCAGAACCGUUACCUUAUAAACAUGGAGGCAUGAAUGGGCUUUAGUGAUGUGGUCAAUUGUUUGCUGACUCAUAAUGGCUGUCUCCUAAUAUUUGCAGAUUGAGCUAAGGGCCUCUCAUUACCGAAACAAAUGUCUCAAUAAAUAUGGGGUGUAAAAACCCUGUUUAAAUUACAUCUAAGCCACAAUCAGCAGUUUGUUUCAGCAAAGAGCAACCCCACCACAACGGAGAAUAUCCCCAAUUUUGACAUGUGUACCUGUUUUCACACUUACCUGUACUGUUGUUUAAUAUCCCAAGACAGUUUUUGUUCCAUAUCGCACCUAUUUAGGCAUAUUGUGUUAUGCCGUUUGCCCAUAGGAUCCCAUUCAAUCCAGAAAUACAUCUAAAACAAAUGUACCACAAAUAUCCACGUCCUAAUACACCAAUAUUACUUGUAAAGACCUUGGAGAAAUAUAUUUUUUGCAGUUACAUUUAAGUCUGCUUUUGAAAAUACAUGCAUAUACAGUACUUAUACUGAAAUAAGUGGUAUUUUAGUCAAUUACAUUAAGAUCAGUGAUUUUAGUAUUAUGCAAGGAUUAUUUGGGAUUAACAAAUGAUGAAACUGAUUUGUUGGGUUACUGAAUCUCUGGUAGAGAUCAGCACAGGUUUUUCAAUGGCAAAUUAUGCAACACUCAUUUCCGAAACCUGCUCAUCAUUACCGUAAUGCGGAAAUGUUAGGACACAUUUAUGCAAUUUUGUCUUAAUCUGAUGUGUACAUAAAUGAAAUAAAACAAUUUGAAUGUAUACAAAAGUUAUUGAUUCAAGAAGGUUGUUACGGUAAUAAUAUUUUACGAAAUACAUUUUAAAUAUGUUUAACUCAGGCCUUUUCAUUAGGGAAGCAAUGUUAAAAAUAUUAUAAAUUGAUUUGUUUUACUUUUUGGGAGUUUAAAAAGUGUUGCGGUAAUGAGAAUUUUUGCAUUGGUAGUUGUAAAAUGCAUUAUCUGAUCAAAAAACAAGACUAAUAAGUAAACUACAUAUCCUAAUCUCGGUGAUCCAAGAGGACAUUUCUUUUUUAAAUGUCAGUUUCAUGAGAAUGACCCUGAAAACGGUGCCUUCAGAAAGUAUUCACACCCCUUGGGAUUUUCCACAUUUUGUUGUUAUAAAGUGGGAUUAAAAUAUUUAUUUGUAUUUUUUGUCAACGAUCUGUCAGAGUGGAAGUCAAAUUCUAACGUAUGUAAAAACAACGUAUGAAAAAUAAAACUCUUGAUUACAUAA